AAGGGAGGGCCAGAGCCAGGAGCAAGGGGAGGGAGGAGGGGCGGCCCAGCCGGGCUGCUGUCCCCCCACAGAGCCGGCUCAGAUCCUGCUCUGGGAGCAGCCGAGCUGCAGAGACACACACAGGCAGAUAGACACCCAGACGAAGAUCCCGGGACUGGACACCCGCGGCCUCCAGCCGCUCGGCCCGGGCCCAGCCCCAUGGCCUUCAAUGACAUCCUGGAGCAAAUCGGGGGCUUCGGCCGCUUCCAGAAGAUCCAGGUCACCCUGGUGGUCAUUCCUAUGCUUCUGCUGGCCUCCCACAACACCCUACAGAACUUCACUGCCGCCAUCCCCACCCACCACUGCCGCCCACCUGCAGCCACCAACCUCAGCCAGGAUGGGGGGCUGGAAGCCUGGCUGCCCCGGGACAGGCAGGGGCGGCCUGAGUCCUGUCUCCGCUUCACAGCCCCACCGUGGGGACCGCCCUCCGCCAAUGGCACCGAGGCCAACGUCACACGGGCCACUGAGCCCUGCGCAGAUGGCUGGAUCUACAAUGACAGCACCUUCGCGUCCACCAUCGUGACUGAGUGGGACCUCGUGUGUACUCACAGGGCCUUACGGCAGCUGGCUCAGUCCUUGUACAUGGUGGGGGUGCUGCUCGGAGCCAUGGUGUUUGGGUGCCUGGCAGACAGGCUGGGCCGCAGGAAGAUUUUGAUCUUGAACUACCUGCAGACCGCCGUGUCCGGGACUUGUGCGGCCUUCGCACCCAACUUCCUCACCUACUGCACGUUCCGGCUCCUCUCGGGCAUGUCGCUGGCCAGCAUCGCUCUCAACUGCAUGACGCUGAGCGUGGAGUGGAUGCCCAUCCACACCCGGGCGCACGUGGGCACACUGAUCGGCUAUGUCUACAGCCUGGGUCAGUUCCUCCUGGCUGGCGUGGCCUAUGCCAUGCCCCACUGGCGCCACCUGCAGCUAGCGGUGUCUUUGCCAUUCUUCAUCUUCUUCAUCUAUUCCUGGUUCUUCAUUGAGUCUGCCCGCUGGUACUCCUCCUCUGGGAAGCUGGACCUCACCCUGAAUGCCCUGCAGAAAGUGGCCCGAAUCAACGGGAAGCAGGAAGAGGGGGCCAAGCUGAACAUAGAGGUGCUCCGGGCCAGUCUGCAGAAGGAACUGACCACGGGCAAAGGCCAGGCCUCGGCCCUGGAGCUCCUGCGCUGCCCCACCCUUCGUCGCCUCUUCCUCUGCCUCACCAUGCUGUGGUUUGCCACAAGUUUUGCCUACUAUGGGCUAGUCAUGGACCUGCAGGGCUUUGGGGUCAGCAUCUACCUAAUCCAGGUGAUCUUUGGGGCCGUGGACCUGCCUGCCAAGCUCAUGUGCUUCCUAGUCAUCAACUCCCUGGGCCGCCGAGUUGCCCAAAUCUUUUCCCUGCUGCUGGCGGGCAUCUGCAUCCUGGUCAAUGGGGUGGUACCCCAUGACCAGUCCAUUGUUCGAACCUCCCUGGCUGUGCUGGGGAAGGGCUGCCUGGCUUCCUCCUUCAACUGCAUCUUCCUCUAUACCGGGGAGCUGUAUCCCACAAUGAUCAGGCAGACGGGCAUGGGCAUGGGCAGCACAAUGGCCCGAGUGGGUAGCAUCGUGAGCCCCCUGGUGAGCAUGACCGCCGAGCUGUACCUGCCCCUGCCUCUCUUCAUCUACGGCACCAUCCCUGCGGCUGCCAGCAUGGCCACCACCCUCCUGCCCGAGACCCUGGGCCAGCCACUGCCAGACACGAUGCUGGAUGUGGAGAACAGGAGGAGAGGGAAAAGCCGGCAACAGCAGCUGGAGCAGCAGAAGCAAAUGGUCCCGCUGCAGAGCCCUGCACAGGAGAAGAGCGGACUCUGAGGACUGAGAAGGGACACCCCUACCCCCUCCCCAGGGCCCCGAAAGGGAAG